UAAUUGGUGAUUCUAAAGACAUACUUACUUUGUACUCGAACGUUUACGACAAGAAAUAUUUACCAGUAUUCACCAUGCAAGGCAGCCUCCGGAACUCCGAAACCCCCAGCUUGCCAAGCAUUAGCCGCGUACUCGUUUUUGAGCUUCUGCGGGAAGAACAAAGAAUCCAGAUCGCUAAAUCUGACGUCUCGUAUGAAACCAUCUCUUCCGCUUCCUCCGAUUCCUCCGCUGGCGGAGGUGUAUGGUUGCCUUUCGACCCCUGGUAUGAGAACGAACACGUAGAACAAUGGAUUCAAGAGCAGGCGGAUCGAGUCUUUGGAUUUUAUGACGGUGGCGUUAUCAAUCAUGACGUUGCCGCUGUUCAAAAAGCCAGGUAUGUCACGCUCAGUGAAGUUAUGCGACAUGAAGACAGGAGUGGCGAUAGAAAACAGUUUGUUAAUUCACAAUCCUUCAUCAAAUUCCGCAAUUUCAGUCAUUCCGGCGCGACGAUCAUCGGCAAUAUUAUAGACAUCUGCCGAGAUUUCGUCCACAGACGUGUAUUACAGCUAUACCGCAUGAAUGAAGACCGUAAUGCAAAUUCAUAUCAGGCAAAUCGAUAAUGCUUCAUUUGCCACGGAUACCAACUUCCUUGCCUUCCUGGGAUAGGCAACGAUGCUGGGUCGGUCGACUCUGAUAUUGAUUUCAAGUUGCUUCUGCGGAGAGCCGUAUCAUGAGGAUGACGAACACACUUCUGUCUAUUCAUCGCGCGCCCAAGUCAUCGAAAAGAGCUGCUUAGUACGGUGGACGGAAUCUGGGAAGUCCAUCUCAAAUUAUCGUCUUAUGUGCCCUCGGGUGCUGAUUGAACGCGCAGGCAACGAGGUAACUACU